CAGCCCAUGCUCCGCCGAAUAUCCAAAUUCUGCUGCAAAAAAUGGCUGCCAUUUCUCUCCCUCUUCGCCUGCAAAGACGCCUCUUUUGCACCAAAAUCCACCACCACAGAGCUCACACUCACAAUCAAUGGAACGUCAAACAGAUCACCAAAUCAAAUUUCGCAGAUUCUUUACCCGAAAUCAAUUCUCACAUCAUGUGUUCUGAUUUCAUAUCCAUUUCUCUAAAGACAACCGGCUCUUUCUCUUCUCCAUGGCACCGCGUUUCCCCUUUCGACACUCCCGACGUCGCUUACUUGAAAUCCAAACAUGCCGCUGAAAAAUUCCAGAUUCUUCAGUUGGCUGUUUGUCCUUUUACUGUCUCUGCUUCUAAAGUUACUGCUUACCCGUAUAACUUCCAUUUGUUUCCUAGGGAUGAACUAAAUAGUGGAAUGCCAUCUUAUAGUUUUUCUUGUCAUACUUCUUACUUGACUAAAAUGGUUCAAGAAGGUUUUGAUUUUAAUGCUUGUGUUAAUGAUGGCAUAUCUUAUUUGUCCAGAGCACAAGAAUCUGCAGCAAGAGUUCGGAUGAAGAAUCCGUUUCUUGCUAAGGAUAUAGUAGAAUCUACUUCCACCCCUGGUGUUGCUGAUUCAGUUUUUGUUCAAAGGACUAGAUCACGCGUUAAGAAUUGGAAAAACGCAUGUACAGAUACGAGUAGUACGGAUGGUAAGAAUAUUCAGCCUUCAAUUCAUGUUUUCUUAUACUUUCAACUUCUUGAUAUAUUUACCUGUUUCUCAGAGGCUCUGGUCAAAUCCCUGAGAAAACUUGUAUUAGGACUUGAAGAGUAUAAUUCAAGACCAUGCAUAAAUAUAGAUGUUUGCAGUGAACGGCAAGUGCACCUUGUAAUUGAGAUGUUGCAAGAAUUCGCUGAUGAUCUUGUUCCUCUAAUAGUUCCUGCUAAGGGUGGGGGGACUCAAGCAGUCCGUGUCGUCUUAACAAGUUCUAAAGAAGAUAGGGACCUUCUUCAGAUGGAGCUCCAAAAUCUGGAAGAUGAACAGAACAAGAAAAUUCGUGGCUUUCGAGAGGUGAUCGAUCUGAUUUCUGGUUCAGAGAAGCCUGUUGUCUCCCACAAUUCCCUUAAUGAUUUGGCAUUCAUUCAUUCAAAAUUUCUAGCUCCCCUACCUCCUAGCAUGGAGGAGUUCACAUGUUCCUUGCGCUUAGUUUUCCCUCAGGUGAUUGAUGUCAAUCAUCUAAUGAAGGAGAUUAGCCCUCUGAAAAAAGCGACUAACAUUCCUAUGGCUACAUCUUAUUUAAAGAAUUGGUUCUUUGCACCAGUUGAUAUGGAAAUUCCAUUCCCAGCUAUGGUAAAUGAAGGCAAGAUUCAUGGGCAUAAUGUCGUGAGGAUUUGUCAAUUGUUUGCAAAGCUGUGCUAUAUACUCAAACUCGCUCCCAAUUCUAUCCAAUCCAAUGAAAAAAAUCUGGCUUCAGCGAUCGAAGCAUAUGUAAACAUUUUCAGUCCGUACUUCCCUGGCCCCCAAGAACCAACUGAUGAAGAUGUCAGAAUUUGGACUAACAACACAAGAAAAGUGAGCUGUCAGGAUUUGGUUUUCUUGUGGGGAUUUAGGUAUAGGAUGUCAGCUGGCAUGCUUAAAAGCCUGCUUCAGCAAUCUCAUAAGGUUUUCUCUGAAGAAUUUGAUGUUAGGUUUGUGGAUAAGAGUUGUGCCAUUGUGGUUUUCUGGGAACCUGGCUUGUCAAAUACUCUUCUGGAUGUCCUGAAAGGUAGUUCAGAGAUAGUUGGACCUUUAAGGGAGAUGGUAUCAGAAGGUGUAAGAGCUGCAAGCUAUGAUACUUACAACAGAGUUUGCAGGUUGGGUUUAUGGCAUGAAAAUCUAGCGGAUUCUUUGGAUAAAGCCUUGGCAGAUACUGACCAUCCUUCAGAUUCUGAUUCUGUGACAAGUUCAUCAAACACUUACUGGUGCCAUGAAUGGAUGAUUAACCUGGAUGAACUGUGAGGCCUCAUUAGAAAUGAACAACAAUCUGGCACUUCUCUCUGCUUGCUGCAUGGAAUGCUUUGAUGUGUUGGGAACUCCAAGUGUUGAAGUGUAGGCCCUUUGUUAUAUCCAUGUUGUCUUCGUACGGGCCUGCUCCGUAUUUGUAUUUAAAGCCUUGUCGACAAGAAAUAUAUAUGCUUCAGAAAAAGAUUAAAAAAAAAAAAAACAAGAAAUAUAUAAAAUCCAUGUUUAACCUGCAA